CUCCCGGUAACACCCCUCCAAAUACCGUAUUUCGACGCGGAAAAAAGACAGUAGGGACCUUUGAGCUUGACACUACCCGCCUAUGCUUUUGUUUUGUGCGCUAAUUGGCGGUAAUAGCGGUGAAAGUGGCUAGCUAUGAGGGGAGCAUGGUCCGAUCGAUUUUGAUGGCCAUCAAACACGUGCGUCAUCCACUUCGCCUGCAUUCUGAUCCUUGCCUCCCUCCAGAGCCCAUAAAAGUACCACCACACGAUAGGGGACGUUAGGAGCUUCCUACUCAUCUUUUUCCGAAAGGAAAGCAUCCAGUUUUGAGGGAGUUACCCGGGAGUUUCGAAGAUUUGGCGGGAUUUUCGAAAGACCCGGUGAGAUAUAGUACUCACAACAAUUUGGGUCGAGAGGCCAGACGGAGGCCGACGACACGCCCAAACGACUGCCGCAUCCGCCAACUCGAAUCGUGACCCGACGCAGUCACGGGUAUCACGUGCCCCACCCUGCCUGCCAUGUUCAGACCAGACGCGCUCGAGCUUUGGCGGGGAGAGCGUGCAGAUCCCUCGAUCGUCAUUGCACUUCGACUACGUUUCACGACGAUGGCGAGGGGGCGAGCAAUGCGGCAGGAUGGACGCGUCUGCGAGGCGAAAGACCUCCAUGCCGGCCUCAAGGAGUUCCUCAAAACGCGCGACCCAUGGGACAGGGAGGUCGAGUUUCAGCGGCAAGAGUGCUCUGCGGCGGCGAUAUCUCAGCCUGCUGCUCCUGCAUCCCUACGCGAGUCACGGCGAGUGAGCCAAAGAUGCCGAAACCCACUUCAGCGCAUCGCGGCUAUCGAUCGUGCCAUCCAGCAUGGCGCUCGUCCGGGUCUAAAUAACCAGCGCGGACAUGGUCCGGUCGAACGCCGCAAGCUCACGCAACGCUUCCGCCAAUUCUUGGCCGACAACGACAAGUUCUGGGCACAGUUCGCUGCCCGCUUCCGCCGCGCAUUUGCGCUGUGGGAGGCCAAUCACGCAUUCCUCGAACUCAAGCUGGCUACGCAAGAUGAACUCGAAGGCAAGGAGGACGCUCCGCCACCGACAGCGCGGAACCAGCAUCACUUCCCCGAUCCCCCACUGUACACCGAGCCGAUGACGGACGAGCAACGCCACAGUCAGCUCUCAAUCCUCAGCAAGGCGCUCAUAUGCAUGGGCGACAUCGCGCGCUAUUGGGAGCAGUACAACGAGAGAGGGGGCGCCAGCACGAGCUGCUAGCGCCGCUUAAGCGCGAGCGCGGCGGACGGUGCGGACGGAACAAGGAACCCAACCUGGAACGGCGGCCGCGAACUCAUGACCAGACCCAGUCGUGCUACAAGCACGCGCAACGUCUGGUCCCCGAGGACGGCAAUCCCUCCCACCAGAUGGCGAUUAUUGUGAGCACUCGCGGUGCUGGGGUGCGUCGCAGCGCGCUGCGCGCUGUGGGGGGGGGGGGGGG